AUGGCAUCUCCUCCGCCUCCCCUCGAACCGUGGACAGACCAUCCCAUCUGGGAACAGUUCAAAAAUGUCGACUCCGAAUUCAGCUCCAGAUGGGGCGACGACUCCGCCUCUAUUCGCGCCAAACCCGUAGACCACAACAUCCGGCUCCGCAUCCUCCUCUACGCAGGCCGCCAAACCUCCGCCUCCCUCCUUAUCGCUUCUGAGGUAGCGGAGCAGGGAAUGUUGUAUGAGCCGUUCACCUAUUGGGACUGGCAUGGGUACGAUUCCGAGGGGAGUCCUCUGAACGGUAAGGGGGCCUUUCCAGGGGCGAGGAAUCUACAGGAGAGGAAGAGGAAAAGGAGGGUACUCUGGGAGAGGGAGAAAGCGUUUAAAGUAAUUCUAACUGAGGAGAAGGAGGGUGAAAAGGUGGGUAGGAAGGGGAAUGAGUGUUGGGAAGGUGGCUUGAGUCCAAGACUGAGGUGGGAGGGGUUUAAGAGGUUUGUGGAGAAAAAGUGGAAGCAUGGGAGCUAUGUGAAGAAGAUUGCUGUUGCGAAUUGGAUGAGCAGGGAGGAUAUGGAGUGGAUUGCAAAGAAUCUAAAGCGGCUGGAAGCGCUCGAUCUCAGCGAUGUACCUUCAUCCUACAGCCAUAGUCCCAAAAGCGAAGACGAUACAUGGAUUGGAUAUUUUGAAAGCAAUUCCUCACCGGUAUACAUAGACAGUCUACUUGACACCUUUCCAUUCCUCGAAGGACACACAGACGCUACGGUAACCGAGGAGAAAGAUCGAUGGGCAGAUCUCCACAAGCAUCGAAGCGACUAUGCCUAUAAAACUGCCGGGCCCCAAGAACCCUGGCGUCCACACAACCUAUCCUCUAGAACAAUAUAUGAAGACAUUGCAGAAGACUUCGAGGAGUUUUUCUGGAGGCUCCAGGAGCAACAGGAGUAUAGUGACGCAAAGGAGGGCAGAGCAACUUCAGAUAAACUUCGCGCGCUGCAGGAGAAAAUCGCUGAGACGCAUCUUUGGAGACGGCUGAAGUGGCUGGGCCUUCCGGACUGGCGGUCUGAUAGCUAUGCUGCGAAGGCCGUCGGCAAGACGAUCCCACCUUGGUGCGUUUCACUCAAGACAGUCUCUGUUAGAGGCGAGUAUACGAGGGACCGCACCGCAAACGAAAUUGAGUCGGUUCACCACCACGUCUGUCAACUCAUACUUGGCAUUGAGAAGAUCGUACCAGCUUCGGUGACCAAACUUGAGCUACGCCUUUCAAUCUCGUUCCUCAGAUAUUUCCUGGAACAGCUGCAGAAGAAGAAACCAACAAUCCUACGCGUGGGCAUCGACCUCGGCGCCUGGGUGCAAGUCUUCCCGCUGGGAAAUCAGCCGGAUCAUCUGAAAGACGAGGAUAUCAGGGCGACUACACGUCGAUUAGCUCACAACGUUCCGAGGCUUAAAAUCUUCCGUCCAGACCGGCAUGGACCUGGUACAUAUCAACAACAUCAAUUGGCAUACGAUAAGCUGAGGAACUACGAAGGAGAACAAGAAUACCUCGUGAAGCACCCCAGCUUCUACCGCGACAGGAGUGGAAACUUUGAGCCUUACCGCCCCUUGCAACAACCCCCAAGGACCGAGACAUUGCCUGUGCCUGAACAGGACACAUACGAUUUCUUCGAUGAUCUGCUACAUGGCAGGAUUCAACGGGAUGAUACUUGUCCGCUGGACAAGUCGAAGCGACACGCUACGACAAAACGCGAAAUCGACAGAACCCGCGCAAAUACCCUGCCCAAACUCCUCGAGAAACUGCACCUCGCGCGCCACAAGGUCGGCAGUGCCCAAAAGCAGGCCAAUCUGACUUUCCGCGUUGGCAGACCUGAGUCCAAAAUAAGCAUCACGCGCAACGGGGCACAUUUAUUCGGUCUGCAGGGCGAAGCGGAAGCCAGGAGUUUCGACCCGAUUGAUCCGCUAACGCUUACGCAGCAAGAAGUAAAGGCUGGCGUUAGUGCUGGGCCCGAUUACAGGUUCUGGACACCCGAGAAUCUCAAGACGGUGUACCCUUGGCUCGAAGAGACAUUUAGGUGGCGCCCGGUCUUCGAUUGGGACUGGUUCAUGGUGCCGCAGAAUAUGAGUGUCACCGAGAACCCCAAUCUAGUGACUAUCAACAGAAGUGGGACGGGACCGAAGGGUCCGGCGGAUUGGCAAUUGGAAGGGAAACAAUCCGACGGACGAGGGAAGCCUGGAAAAGGACUUGAAAGCGCUUUAAAGAGCAUCAAGGCGCAGUUCAAAUUGCUGAAUGAUGCCACAAUACCUGUGCAUCUCCUUAUCGGACGUCGGCAUCCGGAUCUGUCGAGCUGCUACUGGGGCUGGCCGUACACCAAGGAAUCGUGGAAGGAGUGGAACGAGCAGUUUUUUUCUGCGAAUCUCGAGACUAUUGCUGAGCACGUCAAUACGCUGAGCAUCUUCUACGAUCUUCGGAAUCCGCUUGAUGCGGACCGACUCUCGCUCGUAGAUGCAAAACGUCCGUUCUUCCCACCAGAAGGAACCUGUCCUACGAGGGUCUGCCUCCUGGAGAACCCAAACAACGGCAAGUGCCCGUUUGUGCAAAAGCAUCCCGGGCAGAGAAACCGGCAUCCGCGUCCCCAAGUAUCUGGCGUCCGAAAACCCCCUAAGACUGGGAGCAAGAAGAACAUGGGGUUCCCACUGCCUACGUAUAGAGGCCUUGCACCGAGCGAUACCUCUGCCCCUCCUACUGGAGAGCACGCGGACGAUGAAGCGAAGGAGGACGACUCUGACGAAGGAGAUAUGGAGACUUUCCCUCUUCGUCUAGCGAGACGCUCCGCCUAUCUUCGUGAGUCGGUCGGCUGGGUCCGCUUCUGGGAAGCACACGCGACGAGCUUCAAGAAUCUGACUGCGCUGCACGUCCGUAUGCCGCAAUGCCAUGACACAGUGAGCUCGUGGCGACUAGCGAGGCUGCUGAAUAGGCAUAACGGGUGGACUACGCUAACGUACACCGAUGAGCGACAGCACGUGCAGACUGAAGAGGAUCUUCUGUCGAGUUUUGAAGAUGAGGAUAGUGCGUCGGUUGACGUCUGGUAUCACAUGAAGGAGUCACGUGUAUGGCCUGCAGGGCGCUUCGUAAGGCGCAGCUGGGUGUGGGAUCCACUACGACUCGCCGACGAGCGCUCCGAACCUAUUUUAAAACCUAAGGAGGACCCUGACAACGAGAAUGAAGAACCGCAAUCUGAACGUGUGGGAAAAAGAUAUCUCGCAUAUCGCUUCGAGCCUCGGAAGAGACCCAACCUCGCGUCCCACGACAACAACGUCGAGAUAGGCGAGAUCGAGGGUCUGCGGGCAGCUCGUCGGGAUGUCGACGCCGCGAUUGCCCACGAGGAAGACAACGGCGAUCGAAGGGAUGGAAAUGGCUUACCGACGAAGCCGGAAGUCGAACGUAUCACACGACCUGAGAAGCUGCCUCACCAGAUACCUGGCUUCGCGAGUAAGUUCAAAAGCGUGUACGGGCACCAUAUUCGCAAUGUAGCAGGCGCUCAAUGGCGUGAAGAGCUAAGACAGAUGAUUGCUUUUAUUGACGAGCAAGAGAGACGUCCAUAUAUCGGUACUAUCCCUGAGGAAUUCCGGGAACUGAAAGACGAAGAGCGCGAAAUGGAGCGCCAGCAUAAGAUUGGUAAUGAACGGGACAAACUCAAAGCUUUGCUAGCUGAAGAACCUCCCUAUGGCCGGAUCUUCGAGGUUAAGGAUGAUCGUCUCGCGCUGGGAGAUGUGCCUGAGACGGGGUGGGAUGGAGACGAUGAAGUUGAAGACGGUGAUGACUCCGAUACAGCAAAUGCCCAGGAAAGACCUCGGGAAGAGCUUGAUGAGCAUUUCAAGAACAAGAGUCAAGAAGGCGCAGCGCGAUAUCAAGACCCUUUCAACUCCUCAUAUCCACUCGCAGGAAGUGGCGAAACACUUCCAGGUGAGAAUUUUCCAAGCAAAGCUCUCCCAGCUGACUCGGAAAUUGAUACGGAGGUUGACUCACUCUUCAACGACACGGAGCUUGGAGAAAUCAGCCAAAUUCCCUCUUCUCCGCCUACGUCCACAUCGCCACAGCGCAAAGCUGGCGGGGAGGAUAGAUCGCCAGAGCACGCGUCUCCAUCUCCCAGCCGGAGUCCUAGAAGGCCACCGACUUCAGGCCCCUUCGAUCAAUCGUCGUCACCUUCUGAUGACGACGGAGACGAAGACGACACACCGAGACCGAAUGCCCCACCUCCAAACACCACUCCUGCACCAAAAAGGUACCCACUAAUCGAGAGCGGAGUCCGCCCACUCCGGACACCGAUUGAUGAAGAUUACACUGAUAACGACUUUGAAGACGAUGAUGGGAACCUUACUGAUACGGAGGGGUUGUAUACGUCUCCUGAGCAGUCGGGAGGCGAGCAAGAGCAGGCACAGGAGCGGCAGAAGACUAGUUAUGAGAAGAUCGGGGAGAGGAAGAAAGCUCAGGAAUCGGAGAAUGCGGUUGGAGUGAGUGGCGAUGAUAAGGGUGAGGGUAUGUCUUUCAUGGAAUGGCUUUCCCAAGCGACUAUAGCUGCUAAUGCUUUUGCAGCUAAUCCAACGGCGUCGAGUGCUGGUGGUGAUGCUCAGGUAGUUGGGCCAGGCUCCACGAUGGAUAAGAAGCGCCAGCGCUCAGAGGAUGCUGCCAACGAGGGUGUUCCGAGCAAGAAAGUCAAGACAGCUGAGGCAGAGAGCAAGGAAUCAGCGCCAAGAGCAGAGCCAGCUGCUUCAAGCGCAGGUCAGAAGCGCAAGGAAGCCCCGAGCGAGGAAUCAGUGCCAACCAAAAAGACGAAGACCACAAGGAGCGGACGCCCUAUCAAACAAGCUGAAUUAGACCAACCCUCAUACGAGGGAGACUACGAACCCUCGGACGAGGCAGAGCACAAGCCAAUAACGAAACGGACGCAUAGCAAAGCCAACUAUGUACCAUCACCGACAACAGGCACGGAAGCUGCCAAUGAAGCCGCCGGUGGUGACGAGCCUGAAAACCCGAAAGAAAAGAAACCGAUCAAGCAAGGAAAUGGCAAGGCUUCUGCCCCUGCUCCAGCCUUGACCCCUGCCGUUCCUGUCCCCUCUGCUCCUGCCCCUGCUUCCGCAGCGCCUGUAGCUGGUGCAGCCACUAUCCAAGUGCCAUCGAGGGCUAGCGGGGAGCCUGACUAUGUCAGAUUGACAGUUGUGAACUUGAGAGCGUUGGCGAGGCAGAGGGGUGUUAGGUUGACGGGGGCCAAGCUGAAGGCCGAGAUUAUAAGGAGGUUUGAGGAGGAUGAUGCGGGGAGAGGAGGUGGGGGCGGGAGUGAGAGCGGGGCGGUGUAA